CCAGUAUUUUUCGUUGUGGCGCCCAAUGUGCUAAAAGUAAACGUUGAAGAGCUGAUAACAGUAACGACAUUUGGAGAUGUUGAACAACUGGAAAUGCAGAUUUAUCUUCAAGAUUUUCCUGAACAGAAACAUAACUUCUCACAUCGACAAAUUACUGUUAGAAAUGAUGAAAUUACCAACGUGACAGUGAAGUUGUCCGUGGAAGAUGCCAUGAGCUUAGAAGCAACAGCUCAUUAUAUCUACCUUGUAGCCGAGUCAUCGUCACCCAAUACCCCAUUUAAACAAACUACUAAAUUGUUACUAGAUUACCAUCCAGGAUAUAUCUUUAUACAGUCAGAUAAACCCAUUUACACACCCGGUCAAAAAGUAAAUGUAAGAGUAAUAGCACUAGAUGAAAAUACUCGCCCUGUAGAUUGGCCUGUUCAAGUUGAUAUUGUAAACCCAGACGAGGUGACGGUAAGUCGAUCUAAAAAGGAAGGAACAGUUGCCUUUCAUUUAGAAGAAUUAGAAAUCCCUGAUUAUCCCGUGUUUGGUAAUUACACAGUUACCGCUUCAUUUGCUAACGGAGUCAAAACUUCGUCAAGUAUUAGAUUUGAAGUUCGCGAAUAUGUAUUACCACAUUUUACUGUUUUAUUCGAUGUUGAGGAUGAAUAUCAAGUUAUUCUACCAGAUCAUAAAGAAAUUAAAGCUAAUUUAAAUGCCAGGUAUGUGUUUGGUAAACCUGUGAGAGGUCAUAUCACAAUAUCCUAUGGAUUAGUUUGGCAUGGUCAUACAUUUAUACUUGGUAGACAACGAAAUAUUCAGGUAAAUCGACUUGUGAUAUAUAUUACUAUCAAAAUCGAAGAUAUUCGUGUCGCAUCACAAUCGAUGUGGUUUCCCAAUGGUGGCAGGUUGUUCCUAGAGGCAGCUGUAACAGAAGAGGCUUCAGGACGAGUGGAACAUGCAGUAGAUCAAAGCAUAGUAUUUGCCAAAUCACCUUAUAUUUUGAAGUUUACUCGAUGUUCACGGUAUUUUAAACCAGGUCUGCCAUACGUUAUACAUGUUGAUGCAAUAAGAUCUAAUGGUCAGCCAGCGCGCCAUCUACCGGUUAUCAUUGAAGGUAAAGGGGAGGUAAAAGAAGAGACAGUUAUCAUUACACCACUGAUGGCUGAUGAUGAAAAACUAGAAACUGAUGCCGAUGGUCGCCUCGCUACAGAACUACUUCUACCAGCAGGCAUUAAAACAUUGGCUAUAAUAAUAAGAACCAAGAUUCCAGACUUACCGGAAGUAAAUCAAACGGAAUCGUACUUUGCUGCAGUACCAUAUUACAGUCCGUCUGAUACGUAUAUGUCCGUCAGAGCUUUACCAACUGUUAUGGUAAGUAUCAUUAUCAUUAUUAUUAUUAUUAUUAGAGACUCCCAUAACAUGUUUAUACUGCAGGUGAUAGCAAAAGGGCGAAUUGUUCACCAUACCAGAACCAGAGCUUUGGCUGGUCAGAGAACCAACUUUUAUAUACCAGUAACAUCUGAUAUGUCUCCCAGUGCAAGAAUCCUUACGUUUUCUUUGCGAGGUACUGGGUCGGGAUGUGAGGUAGUAGCGGAUGCUACAUGGCUAGAUAUUGAAGAGCAGUGUGCUAACGAGGUAAGAGGAAUCUUGAAGACAGACAACGAUGGUUUUCUAUAUAAACCUGGUGAUGAAAUGACGAUUACAGUAGAAGCUAAACCUGAUACCACAGUAGGUUUACUAGCUGUAGAUAAAAGUGUUUAUAUUCUGAAGAACAAGAGGUUAUCCAGAGAAAAGCUAUUCACGUCAAUAAGGGAACAUGAUCGAGGUUGUGGAUAUGGCGGUGGUAGUAAUAGUGCCUAUGUUUUUCAAGGCGCAGGAUUAUCCAUUAUUACCAAUGCUGAUAUGAAGACUGAAACAAGAUCAUCAGAAGGAUGCCCCGAUAAAGCUGUAAGACGACGUCGAUCAACCGGUUUUGAAGAGAUAAACCCUGAUUUAAAUAGAUGUUUUAACGCAGCUAAAUUUGUAUAUGAAUCAACCAAUUCUACUGUUUGUGCUGAUGAGUUCUAUAAAUGUUGUAAAUAUAAAACUCAGGGCGAUGAUGCCGGUGAAGGAACUGCCGAUGAUGAUGCUGUUAAUUUAAUAUUUAAUGAAGAAGAAUUUCUGAUAGAUGAUAUUCCAUUACGAUCUAACUUCCCAGAAUCUUGGCUAUUUGAAGAUUUCUACCUACGGGAAGAAGGAACUAAGGAGAUCAGUGUGACAUUACCAGAUAGUAUAACAACGUGGAUGGUUCAAGGCAUCACCUUGUCUAAACAGCAUGGUUUCUGUGUGUCUAAACCACACAACAUCACAGUCUUCAGUAACUUCUUCGUUUUUUUGGACCUUCCAUACAGUGCUGUUAGAUUGGAACAAUUAGAAGUUCGAGUUACCAUCUAUAAUUAUAUGAGUAGAGAUCUAUCGGCAAGGUUGUUUAUGCAGAGUGUUGAAGGUGUAUGUUAUUCAGGUGAACCGGGAGAGAAUAGCGAGAUGGCUCAUGUUGAUAUUCCACCUAACGAUGCUGCCUCUGUCUCAUUCCCUAUUAUACCUCUAGAGCUGGGACUUUUCCCAAUUAGAGUCUAUGCUUACUCUACAUGGGGGAACGAUGCUGUAGAGAAAAUAUUAUAUGUAGAGGUGAGUAACAUUAUUGUAAUUUUACAAAUUCGUUUUACAAUUAUUGGGGUCAAAAUCAUCAGAAAACUUGGUCCAUUAACAACGUUUAUCACAUCUAACCGUAGCUUCCAUAACACAAUAUUCUCAUCAUUAAUUACUAAUAACCUAUUUGCAGACCAUUGA